AUAUGCCAUAUAAAAAUACAUACAUAUGUUAAUUUUGAAAUUUUCAUUUAAAAAUAUUGAGAACUUAAUAUUUUAAUUUUAAAUUUUGCAUUGAAAAAAUCUCACAUCGAAAGUUUUGUGAUUAAUGGCUUAAAUUGGUUUGUUACAGAAAAUAUAUAAAUGUUAUAUAAGUAGAAAAUCUCAAUAAUAAAUAUUUAUAUUAACAUAUGUCAAUACAAUUGAAAUUUAGAUUAUAUACUAUAUAAAAUAAGUAAAAUGAUUGUUUUGAUUUAUUUACCAAAAUAAUUAUUGUAAAUAAGCAAGUGUUAAUGUUUUGAUUUAUGUGCUUACUUUAAUUUAAUUAUAUACAUAAUACGUAAAUAAAUACAAAAUAAAUAAUAAUAUGUAAAAAUCAUUUUGUAUAAUGUUCAUUCCGUGUAAGACGCAAAUAUUAAGAUAGUUAAAAUUAGAAAGAUCUUAGUUCUUUUUGUUUGGAUUUUUUUACCGCUUCAGUACUACUUUAAUUAGUCUUUUCAAAACAACCGUUUUCAAUCUAAAAUCUGGUUUAUCACCGAUAGUCAGUACAUUCUCAUAUCGCCUUAGCAUCAUGCUUGGUUUUGCACCUCUAAAGUAGUACCGCUUCAUUUAGUUAUUACUGUCACCAUUAUCAUAACAUGUGUUCUUUUUUCUCUACGCGAGAGGAAUAUGAUCUAAUGUAAAUUGAAUGAAAUAAACGACUCAUUGAUCCAGAGAAAGAGAAUUUCAAAUCACACAAAUCAAACUGUCACGAGACAGCGGAGACGGUAAUGUAAAUCAGAGAGAAGAUCAAUGGUCCCUUUGAGUGUAUUUUAUUAGGAAGAGACAAAAAAGACUAGUCAUGAAAAGUACCAAAAUGUUGGACAUAGCUCCAUUUGUACUGACACUUCAAAUUGACAUAAUUCAUAAUACACAUAUAUACAUACAUAUGCAUCUCUGUCUUGUUGCUUCCAGAAGUGUUUACUUCUUUGGAUAUUGUGAUCCAUAUGCCGCAUACGUUGCCCAUCUCUCUAUCGUUUAUUUUUUCUUGGAUCUCACUCUUUUUUUUAUAUACUUUAGAUUUAUUGUGAUCCAUUGUUUUAUAAUCUCUAUAAUUGACUAUUUUCUUAAAAAUAUGUAUCAGUGGGGCAAUUAAUUAGGGCUUAUUUGAUGUGUGCACCAGAUGAAACCGACCCGGAAUUAUAUCAGUUACCAGUCUUUUUAGACUAGACCUUUAGUGAUUCAUUUCUCAGUGUAAUAACCGGUACACUAACUCAGCUUAUACUUUUAGGACAAAACCAAUGUAUCACAUAUGAACAUAUAGGCUAACAAAAUAAGACAACUUAUUAUACGAUUUUAAUUGUGAGCAAAAUGACAAAAUUAUACGAUUUAACAUACGUUUUUAAAUUUUAAUAAAAAUUCCAAAUACCUUAGUUUAGGUUUAAGAAGGAUUUCUUAGAAGGUUAGUAAGAAUAUCUGAAGCAAGCAGUACAUAUUCAUAAACUUCGAAAAACUAAAAUUUGUGUUACUGAUGGAAGUAUUGGAUUUUGGUAUUAAUGUUUGGAAAUACGCAAAAUAUUAUUUUCUGACAAUGUGUCUAAGAGUUUUUUUAGGAGUUGUAUUUUAAAAUUAACAUAAACAAGCAUGCAUGGUGUAGAUUAGACAUGCUAUCUAGUAAUCGUUAGAUUAGUUUUAAUAUCGAACUAGCCGAUCGGGUUAUAAUAAUUGUCGGUAAAGAGAAGUGUGUGACCACUUUCCAAACAAAUAUAAGAUCAUGUUUAUUUGCGGAAAGAGACAAUAAAAUUUGUAACAAGAGUUAGUUUCGUAUGCUCUAUAUCGCCUCUUGUUUCCGAUUCAGAUAAUAAUAGUACCCAAAUCUCGUUAUUACAACUUGUCAUGUGUGAUCUUCUUGGUCACUUCAAGUGGAUAUAUUUUAUCUGAAAUAUGUAAAAUAACUUUUUUGGGUGAAAAUAUAUGUAAAAUAUAAAUUAUAACAUUAUCUGUCCGUUAAAAAAAUCAGGGAUCUAUAUGAAGAAAAGAACGAAAAACUUUAUUGGCAAUUCAUCAUUCUCUGUGAACCUUAUAUGAAUAUAUGGCGGCCGUCCCAGUCUCUUAUUUUCAGUCCGUUUUUACAAUAUCUUAUUCAAAUAUUUUAUUAUUCUUUUAUUAAUAAUUUGCUUGGUCCCAGUUCAUAUCUAGCAUCUUCCCUUUUUCAUGAUAUAUUUAUGUGAAAAAAAUCCGUUCACAUCGACCUUUCUCUCUUGAAAAUCAAUCCAUCUUCGACUAGGACUUUCAGUUUUAGUGUCUCGGUUUCAAGAGUAAAAGUUAAAAUCAACACAAAAAUACAUACUGUAUAAAACAAUUAAAAGUGGUAUAUAUAUGUAUAUUUACCAUACUUUUUUUGAAGCUUAAUAUACUACUAGGUUAAGUAGCUGUGGAAUUUUCAGCCACUACAAGAUGUUGAAUCCAUGCAAUUAUGAAGAUACAAUAGCCUCAAAGGUAGAGAAAGAAUAAAGAUUCCGUUUGGUAUAAAAUAUAUCCAGGUACAUGUAUUAAAAAAAAAUUGUAAACAUAACGUUGAGGGAGAUUGAUAGAUCGCAUGGUGUCCUUUUCUAGCAUAUGAAAGAACAAAACCCUUAAGAUCUCAGAGAAGCUAGCUUAGCUAGCACCUAUUUAGCUCUACUAGAUUUCUGUCUUUCCUCUAUGGCUCUACCUCUCUUCUCACAUUGAUCUCAGUACAUCGCUCCGUCAUCCAAUUAAUGGCCCUGAUCAGCUCGAUUUUCAAGAACCCUAUGCAGAAGAGAACUACUAAAAAAACAAAAAGAAGAAGAGACAGAACUAGUCAAUGAGACAGAAGUCACAGAACUAGUCAAACUACCUUUGGUUUGUUUUUGUUUUAAUGAAAACCUUUGAUUUUGUUAGUAUUGCUUGUAUGAUGAUGAUAGUACCAGUUCAUUUCUAAAAAGAAAGAUGACAAGAUCAAUUUUGAGUUGGAUCAACAUGAUCCACGACUAACGUUUUCUUUAUAAUUAGGGGAUAAUCCAGUUUUUUUACCAUCCUAUUAAUUGGAACUUUCAUUAGAUCUUUUCAAUUUAAGAAUAAACAUUGAUAAUUUAUGUUUUUGCAUAAAUUAUUUCUCUUCAUACAUAAAAUUUUGCUUGAACUUGGAUUCCGUGAUUUAGACAAAUAUUUUCUGUCUAGGACAGCUAAGUUACUUAUCAAUUGCAUAUAUGUCAUCGGAUAUGGUAAAAUGUAGCACCAAAACUUGAAGUUGAUGGUAAAAAGAGAGAGAGUGAUAGAUCACAUUCACAUUUCCCUAAGAAAAACUACUAAGUAUAAAUCGUUGCUUGAUAAUUUAGCCUAAGGAAUUAAUAUGUAUAUAAAUAUAAAUUGAUGGACUGAUUUUAAAUUUAAAAAUGAAAACGAAUUGUCUCUUUGUGUGUGUGCGGGUCCUCAGUGAUCUGUAAAUCUGAUAAGAAGGAACUGAAUAAGUUUGGCAAUACUAAGGUGGGGAUCUGUUCUUCCUUUACCAUUCUAAACCUAUCUCUUGUCUUUUGUUAUUCUCUCUUCUCUCCCUCUGCCUCACUUCUCAUCUCUCAAAUCAUGUUUCUCUCUCCUCUGGAAGAGAUUAUUGAUGGAUCACAUGUGUUGAAAGGAUCACGAGCUACAUCAAGUAUAUUUACAGGUUUCAAAAAAUCUAUGCACUGGGUCAACUUUAACUAUUAUUAGUAAAUUAAAAAUAAUAUUGAAUUUUUUGUAAAUAAUAAUGAAUAAAUAAAUUAUUGUAUAUAUAUUUAGCAAGUAAUGCUAGGAUUAAUCCCCUAACAAAUAAAAUCUAUAAUCUUUAAGUACUAACCACUACUACUACGGGGUGUUAAUUAAAUAGAUCCACUAACUUUUUUUCAUUUAUGUUUCUAUCUCUUUUCUAUGCUAACUGAUUUUUACUUUUUAGUUUAUUAAUACGAGUGGAUAUCUCCAUUAAAAUACUAGUUUUCAGUUUUUGUUAUCAAUAUACAAAUAUAUGAACACUGGUCAAUUAAUCAGGUUAAAUAUAAAUGUUGAAUAAAUUUUUUUCUAUAUUUGACCAAAUAUAUUCUAAACUCGUUUCUAUCGAUACUAGUUAGGGCAAUACUAGUAUCAGAGACAAUCAUAAAAUAGAAAAGUCACCAAGUUUUUUUGGUAAAAUAAAGUCAGCAAGUUGAUGAUACAUCUAAACUUUUUAGUACAAACCAAAUAAACCUUUUUGUUUUUAGUUUAAGGGGUAUGAAAAUAACAUGAAUUCUAGGAACCCUAGAUUUGAAAAGAUCGACUACAACUAAAAGAAUCAUUAUUAUCAAGAUUCGUGUGGCUCUUACCCUCCAAAUAUUUAUAUAAAAUAUGGUCUCAUUUUUCAUUUUUCUCUGUUUCUCUAGUGGGGUAAGGAAAUUAGAUAGGGUUUGUUUUGAAUGGAAUCGCCCGCUACAAUUCCAUAUACACAGUUUGUCGCAUGUGUUUGGUUUCCUAUGGGCGCCAUGGACUCACGUGAACCGCUAAGUUAAUUAAAUAUACGUAAAUUUUCUACUUCCUUUUAAUAAUUUUCUACUAGCUUAUCCAGUGACCAUACUAGCAAAAACAUACAGUAUAAAAAGAGCAUUUCAUCUUGGAUUGGACAUCCUAAAACAUUGGAUUAACCAAGAUCGUUACAUAAUUGGUUACAUAUAACUUAAACGAUAAAUUUAUAAAUAUAAAUAAUUUCUCUGGUAUUUAAAAGAAUAAAAAUAAAUAAAGUCUCUCAUUCUGUUAGUUGCUUUCACUUAAUCUAUUAUUAAAAAUUCAAUAUAAAGGAUAAUCCGAACUAAUAUUUGUUGUGGGUUUACGAUCAGACUGGUCUGAGGGUAGAAAUUAAAAACAGUAUCUUUUAUCCAUGUCUUCGAGAAUUCACUGCACAAGUUGAUCGUUAUAUAUAUAUAUAUGUGUAUAAUAGAAACCAUGUUGGGCUCCUAUCUCAUCUCAUAGCAUUUAAAAGGGAUCAUACAUAGUACAGAUUGGACUCUUUUAGUUUUGCCGUCUAUGAUCUCUCUGAGCUUCUCAUCUAAGAUCUCCCUCUCUCUAUUUGAGUUUUCAUCUCUCUUUCUCAUCAAUGGGUUCGAAUUUUCAUUACUCUAUAGAUCUAAACGAAAAUCAAAACCAUCAUGAACAGCCCUUUUUCUAUCCUCUUGGAUCCUCUUCGUCUCUUCUUCAUAAUCAAGUUCUUUCUAAUUCGUCAUGUUCUUCCUCAUCCAUUUCGUCUCUUUCCUCUUACCUUCCUUUCUUGAUCAACUCUCAAGAAGACCAACAUGUUGAAUACAAAAACACGUAUCAUGUUGAUCAUGUCCAUCUUUCUCAACCCCUCAAGGCCAAGAUGUUUAACAGUGGAUCGUCAUCAUCGUACGAUCACAUGGUGCCAAAGAAGGAGACAAGACUGAAACUAACAAUAAGGAAAAAAGAUCAUCACGAAGACCAAACCGAUUUUCUUCAUCAAAACCAGACAAAACCCAAUUUAGACUCCGACAAGUGGAUGAUGUCCCCAAAGAUGCGGUUGAUCAAGAAUACAAUAACCAAUAAUAAACAGUCCACCGAUCAUACUAGUAAAAAUAAUAAUGAUCAUAAAGAAGAUCACCACCUUUUAAACCAGAAGAUUAGUUUGGAAGAAGAUCACGAUGAAGAUCUCAAGAAAAUCUCGCCCAGGACGACCACGGCCGUGACCAGGGAAAAUCGCGACAAUACAAUCAAUGAGAAUGGUUAUGGUAAUAACAAUGGCCUGAUUAGGGUUUGUUCCAAUUGUAACACCACCAAGACUCCUCUUUGGCGAAGUGGGCCUCGAGGUCCCAAGUCUCUUUGUAACGCAUGUGGCAUAAGACAAAGAAAGGCGAGGCAGGCCGCAAUGGCUGCAGCCACAGCUGAGGGCGACCAAGAGGUGAUGGCGGCACGGAUGCAACAAUUACCGGUGAAAAAGAAGUUGCAAAACAAGAAAAAGCGAUCUAAUGGAGGAGACAAAUACGAUAUUACUCCCCAUGUAGGGGCCUAUACAAAAAAGUGCAAGAUCAAAGAAGGAGAUGAGUACGCGGCCGCGGUUGCUAAGAUUAGUAAAUCAACAACUUCUUCUGAUUCUUCAGUUUCAUCCAACAAACUUCGCUUUGACGACUUGACGAUAAUGUUGACCAAAAGCUCAGCUUAUCAACAAGUGUUCCCACAAGAUGAGAAGGAAGCUGCUGUUUUGCUCAUGGCUUUGUCGUAUGGAAUGGUGCAUGGCUGAUCAGAUAAUGACAAAGUCUUCUGACGACAAAUGGAGGUUAAUUUUAUAAAUAUAUAUACAUAGUAAUCAAAAUAAUGAUAAGAUUUUUAAAUCUUGGAGUGAUUCAUGUGGUUUUUGCAAGUAGGUCUAAUAUGAGAAGCCUAAACAUUUUAUAAUAAGAAUGCGUGAGAGUUUAAUAUAAUAAUUAAUAGCUCUAUAUUAUGUUUUGGGAGAUUUUGGUUUAGGGUUUAAUAGUUUAUGUUGUGUGUGUUUUUUCCCUGAUGGAGCAAUGAUCACCGAUAAUGUGGGUGUUCUUUUUAUUCCAUCUUUAUAUUGUGUUACGUGAUUUGAGAAAUAAUAUAAAAAAAUUAUUUAUCUUUUCAUC